GCCAUUCCACAUUAAGUAGGUUGAUGUCUGCAUUGUUAGAGUUGGUAGAUGCUGCCAUCUGUGCCGUUCCCGUUGCCAUGUUUUAUGAGAUUAUACAACAAGCGCGUUUGCAAAAAAGCUAAAAAGACAUUAAAAAAGUGAUGCAUUAUUUCAAGGCUCCAUUUCCAAUAAAAGGAGCAGUCCACUUUUUUUUUAAAUCCGUACUUUCCUCCUCUCCUAAUCAACAAAAACUAUGCAGUUAACAAGGAACGUUACGCGUGUUGCAUCAAUAACGACAACAACAGCUGUUAAAAAACUUCGGUCUCAAGUCUUGUGCAAUCAUAUUUAUUCCAACAGGAAGACACUCUGGACUGCUGCAACCUGUUCUGAUCCUGAUCUAUCCACAGCUUUGUCUCGUUGCCUUCCAACUGCUAAUAAGGCAAAUACGACUGCCUCUUUGUCCAAUGCUCAGGGUCAGAAGGAUUCAAUAACGAUCAUCCUGGCUUCCAGAUCUUAUCCAGGUCUGAUCUGCUCUCGUUACCUUCAAAACUCCCGGACCAUGUCUCUAAAUCAUCCUUCAUUCUCGGCGCAGUCGUCGAUCGAGUUCCUACAAAAAUCUGGACAUGGUGUCUCCACACUCACACUCACACCCGACCCUCCUGUUCUGCCUACCAACUCCUUAGACCCUACAGAUCCCUUGAUCAUUUCCUGUCAACCAUUUUAUCGUGUCUGGUCCAGAAUCUCGUCGGAAAAGAUUGAAAGAAAAAUCAGGGGUAAAUGGGCUCGCCCUCAGGACAUUGAAGAGCGAAGCUUGGAUACUGCAGAUCCUGAUAUCUUCAUGAUUUCUGAUCUAGAGGUGCAUCAAUUUCUGGAAGCCCUGGAUACCGCGAACCCAGAUGUAAUAAACUGGGCAUUUUGGCAAGCUCAACCCCGUUUAUUACUGGGAAACCUUGUAAGGAAUGCUGCAACAGUAACAGCAACAUCACGGACCUCUAUAAGUUAUCCGUCCAUGGCACCCUUAGGGCCCGCUAUGCGGAUUACCAGUCUAAUGCCACUCGACUAUUAUUGGAUCGAUUACAAACCACACAUUAACCAAGGACAAGGAGUACUUUUUACAAACGGUGAAAUCACCAACGCAAACCAAGGUCAGCAUAUAGAUAUCGACAUGCAAAAGGCGACAGUGUACAAAAUCACUGGAGGGAUCCUGCCAAAGGAAAUAUGGCUGUUGUUCUUUCAGAUUUUCUAUAUCAGAUCCAAACAACACAUUGAGGAACAAUCACAAUCGCCGGAACAAAAUCAGAAGAAUACAGACAACACCUUUAUUUCCAAUCUUUUCGGAGCCUCCAGUGAAAAUGGCUUUAUUGUUGGACAACCCAACUCUCAUACAUGGGUCUGUGCUGUCACAGAUAGCGUCCUGACAUUUUUGAAGUAAACUGUAGCAUAUCAAGUUGUCUAAGUAAAGAUUUCCAGCGGCGUCACCGCGCCUUCAACAAUAUUACCC